AUGGUGCCAAUUCCAUCAAAACGCUUAGUCAUCAGCCAACCAGUUGGCUGCCAGCUCAUCAUCCAUCAACCAGUCCUCAGCCAACCAGGCACUAAUCAACAGAGUAUGAUCCAAUCAGGCACCAGCAAGCUAGGCACUAAUAUGAACUCACUGGACAUGAACCAACCAAGCACAAGCCUACCUGACAUGAAUCCACUGGGCAUGAAACAACCAAUUGUGAGUCAACCACGUACGGGCCAACCAGGAAUUACUGAGCCAGAAAUGAGCCAACCAGGCUCCAUCCAGCCUAGUGUGAGACAACUAUUCAUAAGCAAAUUAUAUAAAGGCCAAUACAGUACAAGUGAACUAGACAUGAAACAACCAGACCUGAGUGAAUUCGGCAUGAGUCAACUGCACCUAGGCCAGAGCCAAUCCAUCAUGAUUGAACCAAGUAUGAAGAAACCAGACCUGAGUGAAUUCAGCAAGAGUCAACUGCACCUAGGCCAGAGCCAAUCCAUCAUUAUUGAACCAAGUAUGAAGAAACCAGACCUGAGUGAAUUCAGCAAGAGUCAACUGCACCUAGGCCAGAGCCGAUCCAUCAAGACUGAACCAAGUAUGAAGAAACCAGACCUGAGUGAAUUCAGCAUGAGUCAACUGCACCUAGGCCAGAGCCAAUCCAUUAUGAUUGAACCAGGUAUGAAGAAACCAGACUUGAGUGAAUUCGGCAAGAGUCAACUGCACCUAGGCCAGAGUCGAUCCAUCAAGACUGAACCAGGUAUGAAGCAACCAGACCUGAGUGAAUUCGGCAUGAGUCAACUGCACCUAGGCCAGAGCCGCUCUAUCAUGAUUGAACCGGGUAUGAAGCAACCAGACCUGAGUGAAUCCAGCAUGGGGCAACUGCAAAUACGUGGGAGACAAUCCAUCUGGAGUAAGCCAGGUCCGAAGCAACCACACCAGAGCAAAUCAGGCAUAAGUCAACCACAGGUAGGCUGGAGCCAGUCCACCCCAAGUGAACCAGGUAUUAAGCAACCACACCAGAGCAAAUUAGGCAUGAGUCAACCACAGGUAGGCCAGAGUCAGUCCACUCGGAGUGUACCAGGUAUGAGGCAGGCAAGCACAAGCCAAUCAGGUAUACGUGAACCACACAUGAAGCAACCGAACCCAACAAGCCCAAGCCCAUCAGGCGGGAAGCAACCAAGCAUGAACUUUUUCCAAAUAAGAUCUGCAGAGGCUCGAGACUGCAUGAAACUUCUGCAUUUAAUUCAAGAAUCGGCUGCCUCUGAGAACAUGUUGCAUGUAGUGAAGUUAACAGCAGAGGAUUUAUUAAGAGAUGGCUUUGGAGACCGUCCCCUUUUCUACUGCCUGAUUGCGGAAGUAUUCAGUAAACAAACACCAUCAGGCCAAGGCACUGCUGGAUUUACCAUGUACUACAUUACAUAUGAUGCCUGGACUGGCAAGUUACUUUACAUAGAGGACUUCUUUGUCACACUACCUUUCCGAGGCCUAGGUAUUGGAACUGCAAUGCUGAAAAGCCUUAGUCAGAUAGCCCUCAGAAACGAAUGUAGCUGCAUGCACUUCCGUGCUGUCAUCGGGAAAGAGGCUUCUACUGACUCUCACACUCCUCAUGGAGCUGCAGGCCUUUUCUCCAGGGAGGGCCGGUACCUGUUCAGGAUUAACAAAGAAAAACUCCUGUACCUGGCAGGGGAACAGUGA